CCUGCUAGUUCCAAACACUUCCAUCCAAGUCCCAUGGUACGGAAGUCAACCAUGGCACAAAACUCCUCCCAUAGAGUGGGGAGAUAGGGCUGAGAGAAAAUGCCCCUCCUGAGAUGUGGGAACUCUGAGGGCUCUGUCACCGCCUCGUUCAUUAUGGCGUACUUGAAGCAGUUGCAUGAAGACUUGAAGAAGCACUUCAUCAACGAGGGUGUCGCGGGGUCAAACCCGGGCAAGGGUUCCAAGCACUGGGUCUGCAAGUACUGCGAGACCCGGUUCGAUGGCACAGCCUCGGUUAUAAAGACCCAUUUCUUGAAUAGGUGCAGCUUGGACCACGUCAGGAGGCCGCUGUCAAUGGAGGAGAGGGCUAGGAGGGAGGAGGGCAUCCGCAUGGGGAAGUUCAUUGCGGAGACCAUACACGCGGGGGGGAGAAGCAGACCGGCCACAAACAGCCUGGCGUCCGUUAGUAGUCUGGUCGCUGACGUCGAGCGAGGUCGAACUGACUCGCCUGUAGGGGCAGGAGAGGCGGUUGUGGCCGAUGAACCCGCCGCGAUUGCGCCUACCUCUGGCGAGUCCGUGCAGCCUGCACCCCGUUCCAGACGGCCGCUAAGUCAGACGGUCAUGAGGGACGCCGACAGCAUCGUAACACGCAACGAGCAAACGAGUCGGUUCCUUGACCGAUUCCUUUUCUGCAGGAACCAGCCGUUCAGCAUUGUUGACAACGAAUACUUCCUCGAUUUCGUUGAUGCUGUGAAGAAGGCGCAUCCUUCGUGGAUGCCAUACAAGAGGGAUGAGGCGCAAACGAAGCGGUUGGAUGGCCAUUACGAAAGAACGAAGGUGGACGUGCACGCCAUGAUGAAGAAGUGGCAGCGCACCGGUUGCAUGCUGCAGAUGGAUGGCUGGUCCGAUAGGCGGAGCCGGCCGUACAUUAAUGUGAUGGUGUCAUCCCCCAUCGAAACGGUAUUCUGGAAGACCACAUGCAUGGAGGGGAAGGACAAGGAUGCGGAGGCGUACUUCCGGAUAUUGGAUGGGGUUAUCAAGGAGAUCGGCGAGGAGGAGGUGGUGGGCGUUGUGAUGGACAACGCGAGAGUGUGCGUCAAGGCCGGCAAGAUGGUGGGGGCAGCCUACCCACACAUAUUUCGCGUGGGGUGCACUGCACAUGCCCUCGAUUUGGCACUCGAGGACAUGUACAAGGAACUGGAGUGGUUGCGCAAAGUUGUGGACGCAGGGUUGAAAGUGGGCAAGUUCUUCCACAACGUGGACAAGGCAAGGGCGUUGUUCCACGUGUACAGUCCGAAGUCCAAGUUGAAGCGGUCGGGGGUGACCCGUUUCGCAACCAACCACGAGAUGCUAGCUUCCUUGAAGAAGGCCAAGAACCCGCUGAAGAAUUGCGUUGAUGACGCUGUGUGGGUGGAGAAGAUGAUGGACUCGCUCGUCGCACAGAUGCGCAAGCUUGAUUGCAUCACGACGGGCGAGAAGGCCGAAAUCGAGGACAUCUUGAUGCGGAGAUGGGCAUUCAUGACCAGCGAGCUGCAUUGCGCUGUUGCGUUCCUCGAUCCGGAGCACCGUCACACGAAUGCCUUGCGAGAUCCUGCGGUGCACACCGGAUUCAACAUUUGGCUUCUGUCAUGGGCGCUGGACGACCAACAGACACGUAACGAGCUCAACCACCAGGUUGACAUGUGGAUUAACCUGGACGGGUCGUUCAAAUCACAAGAAGCUGCGGAAGCAACACGUGUGCAGCCCGCGGCUCUGUGGUGGGAGGCUUACUGCCGGAAGUUGGACCUCCAGCCACAAGCAGUCAAGUUGCUGGGCCAGGCAAGCUCCUCCGCCGCAUGCAAGCGGAAUUGGAGCUUGCACGAGCUUAUUUUCAGCCGCAGGCGUACGAAGUUGCUGCCGGAGAGGCUGGGCAAGUUGGUGUACAGCAACUGGAACACCCAACUGUCGCGGGCGGCCUUGCGGGGAGAAGGGGGGGAUGUGCACAUUCCAUGGGAGGACGACACGCCAGUGGAGGCGGAGAUCAAGGAAUGGUACAACACAUGGAUAGCAGAGGCCACUGAUCCCGCUGCUGUUGCCGCCGAUGCCGAUGUGUUGGCAGAAGAUGUGGAGGUGGGUGAAGAGGACGGUUCGGAGCCAUUGAUGCGGACGUGGCAGCGAAAUGAUGUCGCAGAUGACGAGGAAUGCGACGAGGACAUGGCUCUGCUGGGUUCGUUGGAGAGGGAAUGGCACGAGUGCACGAAACCCGACCGUCGCAGAAAGCAAGACCUGCAGAGAAGAUCUGGCAGCUCGCUGCCCCCCCCUCUUCCCUUUUCUUUCUUUUUCUUCUACUCGUCUUUUGUCCUACUGUACCAACGAGCCUUCACACCUAGCCCAUAACUUGGCAGAGAGGCACCCAGCGCGCAGUAGAAAGACAGCGCCGGUCUG